CAGAGAAAAUCCUCUUAUCUAUACUUGAUAACGUAAAAAUUGUCAUCGAAAAUUGCAUAUUUAUUAAACUUGAAUUUAAAAUUCAAUUUCAUUUCCCCAUAAAUAGGGGUAUACAAAAUUCUUCUAGUGUGUCGUGGUUGAAAAAACCCUUCUCUUCAAAAUUGAAGUGGAUAGACAAUCAUCUCACUCCCAACAAAUGGAUUAGUUUUGCUAAAGCUUUUCAAACGAUAAAGGUGCAACCAAAAACAAAAGUAGAUAGAAAUUUUGCCCACAGUUAACAAUGUCACCAAAUGGAAUCGUACGUAUACCGCCUUUGGUAGUGGGAGUAUCUAUUUUGGAUAUUACCAUGGCUAUGGCAGAAAAUCUGCCUUCGACAAUGAAUGGAGCCAUGUAUCAUGGAAAAUCAGCUCAAUCGGCGGGAGGAGUGGGUCGCAAUUUGGCCGAAUCCAUAUGCAAAAUCUAUGGCAGCGUAAACUUCAUAUCCGUUAUAGGACAAGAUUGCUUGGGCGAUAUAUUACUUAAGCUUAUGCCCAAGGCCUUGGGCCAUAAUAUCGAAAGGCUGCCUAUGCACAGGACCUCAUCUUGCACCGUGAUCAUUGACAAGGAUGGGGAUUGUAAACUUAUUUUGGGCGACAUGGAGAUUCAUGAGAAAUUUCAUCAUAGCUACAUCAGCAAGCGUCAAGAACUCUUAAAUAAAGCACCUCUGGUCAUAAUCGAUGGCAACUUACCCAGGGACACCAUAGUCUAUAUUCUGGAGCAGGCUCGCUUGUUUAGAAUACCGGUAUUUUUUGAGCCCACCGACCUGAGAAUUGCGGGAAGACCAUUUCAGAUUAUACCCGGUAGUCUGACCCAACAGAUACGCCUUAUAACCCCCAAUUAUGCUGAACUUGAUAAUCUUGUUGCGGCAGUUUGUCCCGCGAAGCAACAAACCCGAGUCAUUCCGGAUUUUGACAGUUUUGAAAAGUUACUUGCUUCGGUGCAAUCUUUAUUGCAUGUCAUCCAUGACAGAUUUGAUUGCAUUGUGGUCACUUUGGGCCAACAUGGAGUCGUUUUGUCCUUAAAGGCCUGCAUUGAUCCCUACAAGUGUGGCUUAUUUUUAAACAACCGAUAUGUUUUAGGGCUAGUGGGCACAACCAAAAACGCCAUUCAUCGCAUUAUUUUUUUCCCUACUCCCUUUGUGGUUAAGCGGGUGGUCAAUGUUUCUGGAGCUGGUGAUAGCUUUGCAGGUGGCUUCAUCUCUGGUCUGCUUAAGGAGUACACAGUGACUCAAUCCAUUGCUUUGGGUUUUAUGGCAGCCUCAAAAGCGUUGCAAACUUCGGCAGCUGUACCCCAUGAAUUCUUCACGCCCGGCUAUUUGGAGAGCCCUCUUUGGAUGAAACGCAUGAAGGCUUUGACAAAACCAGGAAAUGCUAACGAAAAACAAUUAUCUUGAGUGUUGUUCGCAUUGGGACACACACACACACACACACACACACUAAGUUUCUACAGAAAAACCAUAAAGUUUGAGCUCAUUUUAAGAAAGCUAUGGAAUCAUAUUCGCUAUCGUUGACGUAAACAUAAAAAUUAUAAUAUUGAA